GGCGACUGGGUGGCUGAGCGGUGGGUGAGUCCCGGCCCGGGCUCGGUCACUCUCCGAGCGCGACAGGGAUCGGCUCCGGGACACUUUCAUUAUUCCGAUGACAGGAAACAGCAUGAAAGGUUUUUUAAAAGGGUCUGGUGGGGUCCAUGUACUGAAAGCUAAGACAACGUGCAUCGGUCGACUCGAGGACUCUGACCUAUGUUUGAAGAAUGGAGGAAUUGAAGAUCGCCACGCUCUGAUUGAGCUGAGCGAUUCCGAGAACUGUUUUGUUCUUCAGGACCUGAACUCCGUAAAUGGAACGUUUGUUAACGACUGUCGUAUCCAGAAUGCAGCAGUUCGGCUGGCACCAGGGGAUGUGCUACAUUUUGGGUUUGGAGGGGACACUUACGAGCUGGUGGUAGAGACUAUACCUUCGGUGUUGUGUCCUCUGGUGAGUCAGCGCUCAGCAUGGCCCGGGCACCUCCAGCUCAUCGAGGACACCAGGUCUUGCUCUCCCCCUGUCGUCGCUUCCCAGCUUCCAGCACUCUCUACCCUGAGUUCCGCAAGCGCCCCUGGUGGAUCGAUCCAAGGAGGCGGUGCAACUGUUCCUCACCCACCCCUGAGAAAGCGGGCAGCGAGUGCGGGCAGCAGACGGGUGACCACCAGCUAUUCCGCUGACAGCAGCCCCCCUGGCAUGACACGAGGGGCCUGGACUAAUACCCCAGGUCGGUCGAUGGGGACUGGGCCUCCUAUAUCUGGCUCUCAGAGUCUGGAACUGCUCCUACAGGAGAAGGAGCAACAAACCCUGAGAAUGCAAGAUGAGAUUAGCCGCCUGGCUGUUUUUGAAAGCAAAUCCAAGCACAAAGACGGCAUCAUUGCCAAGCUACGUGACGAAGUUGCUGCCUUGAAGCACCAAUUGACCCAAAUGAAUAAUACUCAAGAUGAACAAGAGAUCACACAACACUUAGUCACACUAGGGUAUGAGAUUGAAGCCAAGAAGGAGGAGAUUGAGAUGCUGAAAGAUAAGAUUACUGAGCUUCAGAAGGGUUCCAGUGAAGUUAUGCGGCAUUCUCUGACUGAAAGAGAUCUGGAGAUUGCUAAACUCAAGAAGGAAGCUGAACAACUGAAGAAAGACAACAACAUUAUCACAGGGCUGGUGACCAGCUUGCAACGUGAGGUCACAGCUAAGGAGCACCAACUGCUGAAGGUAAAUGCAGAGGGAGAGAAAUUGAGGAAAGUGAUCCAAGAGAAGAGCAAUCAGUUGGCAGCCAUGUCGGCCAAGUUUUCAAGAAUGAGAGAAACCAAUAAUCACCAAGAGGAGCUGGUGGCCAAGGAGAAGGAACUGGUGACCCACAGGCAUAGUGUGAAGCAGCUGGAGAGCCGAUUGAGGGAGAUGGAGUCAGAGAUCGAGCAGCUUCGUAGUCAACAGGACAAUAUGAAGACAAGUGCAUCUGAGGAGAGGCUGGCCCAGGAGCAGCUCCAGGAUGAGCUGGAGAGGACCAGGCUCCAGGUGCAGGAGAUGGGCCGAAGGGAGCGGCUGGUGAGGGUGGACCUGGAGCAGACCCAGGCCAGGGUAGGAGAACAAGGAGAACACGUCCAUGGAGACAUUCAAGCUCAGAUUCACAACCUGGAGCGAUUCCGAAGUCGAAUCUUGCAGACGACGUACUCUGCUCCAGGAGUUCAAUCUCCUAAAGAGGCUGUUUCAGAUCAGCAGGUGAUUGAGCAGAUGAAGCAGAUCAUUGAUGAGCGGGCGGAGUUCAAGGAGAAACUGCAGGACGAGAUGGAUUCGAAAGCGGUGGAAAAGGAGGAGAGGCUCAGCAAGGUGGAGGGACUGAGGAGAGCGCUGCAAGAGAGCGAGGCUCGUCUGCGCACUGACUUUGGGAACCGUGUGAAGCAAGAGUUUGAGACGCUUCAAGCACUCUCUGUUGACCAGACUCUUCUGUGGGUCCAGAAAGCCGCCACUGGCAUUUUAAGUAGCACGUUGUCAUGGUUGCACCCAUUAGAACAGAGCCUAAUGGAUGCUGGGAUGGACGUAUCAAGCUGUGAAGGAGGAAUCAGUAGAUGUGUCCAGUUGCUGCAGCAGAAACUUCACAAGGCAGAGGAGCAAACAAAGACAUUGCAGGAACAGGUGGAUCAGAUGCAGAAUUCCAGGGAUUGUGAGAGACGGGAGCAGCUGAACGCUCUGCAGGCAGAGUGUAAGCAACAGAUGGAGGAAGAGUUUAGACGUUGGCAGUCAGAGGUUCACGAGCAACACAGCCAGCAACUGGCUGAGGCACUGGCUCUGGAGAAGGAGAAGGGGAUGGAAGCAGUGGAGGAGGAGAGGAGGAGGCAUGGGGAAACCAAGCUUCAUCUCCAAGAGCUGAACGAGAAUGCAGUGGUGAAAUGUCAGGAGGUAGAAACUCUGAACGUGCGGUUGGAUAACACAUCGCAAGCACUAGAGGAAGCAAGGAAGAUGGAGGUUGGUCUGCGGGAGGAGCUGGCAGCCCAGAGGCGACAUCAGAAAGCAGAGAGCCAGGAGCUCGGGAAUCGAAUUGAAGUUGAGAGACGAAAUCACCAGAAUGAGGUUGUGGAAUUCAAGGAGCAGAUCCGGCAACAUUCUCGGACAAUCGUGGCUCUGGAGGAGAGGCUGCACACUGUCACUAAACAGCAACAGGUGGCAGAAGAAGAAAGGGUGAUACUGUCAGGCAAAUUGAAAGACGCUAGGAAGGAGCUGGAAGAGGAGAAGAAUCGGGCCCUGAUGCAGCCUGUACAACCACCACCACCACCUGUGAUAGCACCAACAGCAGCAGACAUCCAUGCCCAGGAACAGGUCUGCGCCUUACUCCAGAAAGAGUUAGCAGAGUCUGGGAUGAAGAUCCUGGCCCAGCAGGAUGUUAUCAUGGGAUUGAGAAGGGAUCUGGCUGGUGCAAAUGCCAAGAUGUCAGACCUGGCAGGAGAGCUGAGUGAGAAACAGAAAGUGGAACUUGAGCAGAACCGUGUGCUGGUUCGCAGUCAGGCACUGGAACUGAACACUCUGCGGCAACAACUAGCCAAGAUGUCCCAGCUGGUAGAGAAGAAGAAUGAAAAAUUCCAAAGCAUAAACUCAGAGCUGAGGGCCUGCAAGGAGAAGCUGGAACAGCAGAAAGCUGCAAAGAAGGAGAAGGAAAUGCAGUGCAAGAAACUGCAACAAGAACUCAGUGAACGAGAAAACCAGCAACAACAGGGCGUUGUGCACACUGAGUUGCAAGAUAAGGUGAACUCUGACCUUACGAUGGUUGCCGCACAGUGCAAAGGUCACCGGCAUGAGGAGGUUAUUCAGCGGCAGCGUGAAGCACUGGCUGAGUUACGAACCAGGAUAAAGGCUCUGGAACAAGCUCACACUCCCAGAACCAGCCAGGAAGAAGCCUUACAGCACUUGAUGAUUCUGAAGAAGGAGCUGACGGACUUGCAGAUCCAGCGAAUGCUCAGCAAUAACGAAUCCCCUGGCAGCUCCUUGCAAAGUAAUGAUGAAGCUAAAAUGAAGCAACACGGUAACUCUUUUGCCCUUUCUGAUGCUUCCAUCGAGAGGACAGCAUUGUUGGAAACGUCUGAGGCUCUGGACCUUAGCGAGAGGACGUACCUCGAUCUGGUGAAGGCUCUUUCAUGCCUCCUCAACGUGAAGGAGCUGUCAGGCUCACUGUCACUGAAGCAUGUUCCGCAGGACGAGAGGGAGAAGCUUGGGAAAGCCCGGCAGAGGGAUGUGGAGCUGCUGAACGGCCGCAUCAAUCAGCUGAAGACUCAGUUGGCGAGGAAAGACGAACUGUUGGGAAGUUACGAGAAAGACCUGGAACAACUCAGACGCUCACAGAUCGCUCUACACAAAAAACAGGCUGACGUGGAGAGCUUACAGGGGCGGUUGCAGAGCCAGAUUGAGGAGAACAGCCUGAUACGAGAGUCCAUGGAACGAAUGCAGUUGCAUUUUGACCAGGAGAAGAGGCUGAACAAAGCCACCAAGCAGCGUAAGCCUAUCCAUAUAGAACAGUUGGAGAGACAAAGAACAAAGUCUCCAUCUCAUAGCUGUGUGAAGGAGGAUAUUCAUGGUAAGGCCGAGGCUCGAAAGAAAAUGAUGGAGGAGAAGCUGAAGAGGAAGGAUUAUGAGAUUGAAGUUCUGAAGAGAGAGCUGAGGAAGCAAGGCCAGGACCUGUGUGACACGACGACACAGCUCGUCAACCUCCAGAACUCUCUGGAGAUGAAACAGAGGAAACUCCAAGAGGAGUGAGAAACAGAUCAAUCCAAGAUAUACUGAAGCCUUCACACACUCUCACAGUGCACCCUGGGCUGGUUUAUUGCUAGAAAAUUUAUUUUUAGAGAGACCAAUAUCUCUGCUAUUUCUCUAACUUGAUUUGUCAAGUGUUAAUAUUGCAUCUUGUGAAUUCUGUAUUUAUGCAAACCUUUCAUGGUCUCAACUGAAGUAUUUGUUGAA